AUGGCUUGUUCUGCUGGAAUUCCGCCCCCUCCGCCAUUUUUGCCUACACUGGGCGCACCUGCAGUGCCAUGGCCGCAAUGGAAGCAAGUCUUCGUGAACUACUUGGAAGCAGUGGGAGGAGACGCUUUUCCUGCGAAGCGCCGUAAAGCAAUCCUGCUAAAUUCUCUUGGGGUCGAAGGGCAGCGCAUUUUCUACGGCUUCCCGCCAGACGCAAGCCCACCACCACUACCCACAGUUUUGGGGUCAGACGACGCAAAGAGAGCGGACUCUGCUCUCGACGACUACGAAGUUGCAUUACGUGCCCUGGACAAACAUUUUAUUGCGACAACGAAUGAGCUCGUCGAGCGGCACCGGUUUCGCAGUCGUUGGCAGCUACCUGGUGAGCCAUUUCAGGAUUUCGUUACGAGCCUCCUGGAGCCAGCUUCGUCGUGUAGCUACGGUACGGCAACGGAUGAUGCAAUUCGUGACCAGAUAGUCGAAGGCACUACAUCGCGAAAACUUCGAGAACGACUUCUGUACGAAGGAACGUCUUUGACUCUGGGCCGUGCUAUCGAAAUUGGUAUUCAUCAAGAGGUGACGAAGCGAGAGCUGGAAAUAUUCGACAGCAAGGAAGUACAAAGAGUGAGCACGUGGAGUAAGCACCGCGACUACAAGCAGCCUGACGGUAAGAACAAGCCGAGAGCAAUAUGUUACCGUUGUGGAUCAACAUCGCAUUUGGCAAACAACGAAAAAUGCCCUGCAAGACAGCAGCGUUGCAGGAAAUGCCACAAGCUUGGGCACUUCCAGGUUAUGUGCCAAUCGCGUAAAAAUGCAGAUGACAAGAACGUGCGCUAUUGCCACGGUGAAGAUACGACAAAAAAUGAUUACGAGAUACUCAAGGUGAAUAAGGACCGUCUAUCAAAUGGCGGAAUCUACGUCAACGUCAUUAUUUCGGGAACUACGCUGAACUUUUUGGUAGAUACGGGCUCUACUGUAUCGCUCAUACCGGAAAAUGUUUACAAGGAAGCCUUAUCUCAAAAGUUUCCGUUAUCGCCUGCUAACGUGAAUCUACUGGAUUAUUCUCGACAACAAAUAGGAGUGAAAGGAUGUUUUCUCGCACCGGUGGAAUAUCAUGGCCACAACACUUCAGUUUUAUUUUACGUUGUGCAAAGAGGAACUGCGCUUUUGGGACUGGGCGCUAUUCGUAACCUGGGACUUCAUAUUCAGGGAGCAACAAUGACCUGCUACGAUACCUUCUCGGCGACUUCCCUUCCCCCUAAACUACAGGAAGAGUUCGCGGGUGUCUUCACUGGAACUCUUGGACAUGUGAAGGGUUACAAACAUCAGGUGAAGCUCAAAAAGUCCGUUAAGCCAGUUGCUGCGAAACUUCGACGGCUACCGCUUGCACUCAGAGAGGAAGUCUCGCAAGAGCUAAGACGUCUGGAAAAAGAAGACAUCGUCGAACGUGUAAGUGCUUCUGAAUGGAUUUCGCCAAUCGUAGUAGUGCGGAAGCGGGACAAUUCAUUACGACUCUCUGGCGACCUCCGUGAACCCAACAAAGCGAUCGUUGUAGACGCAUUCCCGUUACCACACAUGGAAGAACUUUUGCACCAAUUGUCCGGAGCAACGUGGUUCUCCAAGUUAGACUUGGCUUCCGCAUACCAUCAGCUAGAGCUAACGCCUGAUAGUCGUGAGAUCACUACUUUUAUAACGCAGGACGGACUUUUUCGCUUUAAGUGA